AUUACUCAUUAAAGAAACCCACAUAUGCGACAUACUGUGUGUUAAACGGCACGUAUCACAUACCGAGCUGGCCGCAAUUGACGCGUGUGACUUUUGCUUCCCACACAAAUAACCAACUCUUAACAGACUCUCUGCAACUUCCACCAAAGCUAUGGCUGCCACCACCACACUCUUCUCCAAUACCCUCCUCAAAACCACCAAUCAAAGCUUCACACGUGUUCUCUCACACCCAUCUCCCCUUCUCAACCUCAGCUUCUCUCCCACUCCGAGCCACUGCAAAAAGCUACGGGUCUCACCACCACGCCAAACCCAUAUCAUAGCCUCUGCGCUUUCUGGCUCUCCAGGGAUUGAAUCUACAGUGGGUAGUGAAGAGGAUACGCCAAAUUUGCUGGAUAGAGUCGAAGUAUUUGAUUUAAAUGGAAAUGGAAUCCCAAUUUCUGAUCUAUGGAAAGAUAGGAAAGCUGUCAUUGCUUUUGCUCGUCAUUUUGGAUGUGUUUUCUGCCGCAAACGUGCUGAUUAUCUUGCCUCUAAGAAGGACAUAUUUGAUGCAAAUGGAGUGGCACUUAUUCUGAUAGGACCUGGAAACAUUGACCAGGCAAAAGCAUUCUCUGAACAAACAAAUUUCAAAGGAGAAGUUUAUGCAGAUCCUAUUCACUCAUCAUAUGAGGCAUUGAGAUUUGUUUCUGGGGUCACAACAACAUUCACUCAAAGAGCAGGUGUUAAAAUUAUACAACUCUACAUGGAAGGAUACAGGCAAGACUGGAAGCUUUCAUUUCAAAAGGACACAGUGUCUAGAGGUGGCUGGCAACAAGGCGGGAUUAUAGUUGCAGGUCCUGGCAAAACUAACAUCUCGUACAUUCACAAGGACAAAGAAGCUGGGGAUGAUCCUGAUAUUGAAGACAUUCUCAAAGCAUGUUGCUCAUGAAAGUAGUAAAAAAUUCUCUUCUUCUGUUUAGCUCUAAGUCUAGCUCUGCCUGGUUUGGCCAAUACUAAAUAUAGACUCAAGAGCUACAGACAUAUCCCAGUAAAAAGUUGAAGCAUUACUGAUUCAAUAGGAUUUGAUAUAUUUAUUAUGUAUAGAUAAAUAAACAUUUUGUAAUAUGUCGUUUUUAAAACGUACAACGAAAUUCAAAUCUACUUCAUUGAAAGAAA